AUGGCGUCCAAUCUUCCUUCCAGCUUUGCCUCGGCUGCAGCUGGCCAGAAUGCGAAUCGGGAUGCGAGGGGCGGCAGAGGAGAUGGAAGGGGAGCUGCUGCGGGCGACUGGUCGCGCAGAGACGGUCGAUCUGCUAAUGGCACCCUCACUCUCCGGCGCUCCUCAACUACUCCCAUCGCCCAAGCUUCACAACCAGUUCCCCCGGCCGACCACGCCGUUCAGCAACCAAUCUCGGUUGAUACAACCCCAGCGCUGCCCCCGAGCUAUGAGGUCGGCCCUGCACGAUACACCAGGGGCGAUCUGUUGGGCAUGUUUCGGUCGCAAAAGCCAGGUGAUGAUCCGUCGCGCCUCUUCAUACCAGGAUGGGACCCGACACAUGUCAAUGGUGGCAAUGCCAGGGGCUGGGGGAAAACCAACGACACUCAUGUUCCACAGGAACCCGGCGCCUGCUGGGAUCAUGACGGGCAUACUGCCCCCAUGGGCUUGCACGAAUUCUCGACGGAGGAGAAGGAGGCCUUUUCUACCGAGAUCAACUCGCCUCUGAAACCUCCUACGCAAAACAAAGAGGGCCAUCAGGGAAACGCCAACGGCCGGAAAUCCUCAGUUUCCCUGGGUUCCGGAGGCACGUUUGGCGUCAUUUCUCCCUCGUCCGCUACAAGACCGGGAACACGACGACGCGAGACUAUUGAGUCGAACCCUUUCAGCGGUGCCCUUGCUUCGCCGACAGCAUCCAGUAGGUUCUCUCGGGACGAUCUUUCGCCCUGGACGCAACGAAAGAGCAUUGAUUUGCGAGAGUCUGAACCAGAUGACGGUGAAGUUGACGCAGCCGCGCGGGAGCCCACCGCCAAGCUGCCCUUCGCCAACUUUGUACGUCCAAACCCCGCCGGCAGUGCUGGAAUGGCAUCCAUGUGGCCUUCGAACCCGACGACCCCUGCUGGGGGCGGUUUUGGCAACUUUGCCAUGCCGUCUUCAUCCGUGGUUGGCGACAGGAGGGCUGGCGGCGCUGCGGCCGGUGCCAGUGGCAGCCGAUUGGCUCAUCUGAUUCCAAAGGAUACUUCGGAAAACAAUGUUGCCAAAUCUGUCGACGUCCAAAAUCCGCCAUCCCAGCACUCUUGGCGAACGCGUCCUCGCACUGACACUGACCCAUUUGGCGACGACGAAUUGUCUGGAAGCGCCGUCCUGGGUGGCGCACAAGAUACCGGCUCUGUUGGACACUCGAAUGUCAGUCUCAUCGGUGUUCUUGGCACCCCUGUGAAAGGUUCAACGGGCGACUUCGGUAUGUCGGGGCUCAAUCUCGGACUGCAACCUGGGCAAGAGGGGCCGGCCAGUCCGUCAGAGACCAAUCCGUAUCGCAGCCCCCCUGCGGAGCGUCACGAACACGAUGAAACGGAUGCCAGCGUUGGUGAACAAGCCCUCGCACCAGGCCAUAGCGAACCACCAGCCAACUUUGGGUCCAUAUCCAGGGGAUUCGGUGCGCCUAAUUUUGAAGGUAGUGACCGCAGUCAGACAUCGAGCGUCGGUGCCAAAGGUUAUCCGCUGGGAGGUUUGUCAGGGUGGCCAGCCCCGGCCGGGCCAUCUACAGGCACGCCAGAUAGAGAACGGCCCAACUUGAGCAAUGCAUUUGGCAGCUCUUUGUUCAGUCCCGUUGGAGACAUGCAGUCGCCUGCUUUGUCCAACUUGAGCAACGUGUUUGGAGGCCCUGGUGCUGGUCUUGGCGCCGCGAGCGUCGCCCGUGGAAGCAAACUCGGGUCCCUCUUCCCUACAGCAAUGCAGACCCAAAUGCAAGGCCAUGACCAGGAGCAUGGCAUGAACGACGCAUUGCAGGGCCACCCCCUAGGCGCCAUUGGCCGGAGCAAUUUGCCCGGCCCAGCACCGGGGGAUAUCGAAAGCCCCAUGCGACCCAACAGGGGCGUCUUCGAGGACAUGUUCCCAUCAAGCGACAAUGGCAGGUCUCAUCCUGGUUUCGGUGCUCCUGACAAUGCCCAACAGGCCGGGGUCGGAGCAUCUCAGUCGUUCACGCCAGUUACCGGUGGAAUUCCCUUCGGUGGUGCCCAAGGAAAUGCAGACCCUUCUGGAAGUCAAACGAGACAGAUGGUUAUGCCUGAUAGAAUGAGGUGGGUAUAUCUUGAUCCUCAAGGACACAUGCAAGGGCCUUUUACCGGACUAGAGAUGAACGACUGGUACAAAGCCAACUUCUUCACGCCUGAUCUUCGGGUCAAGAAGAUUGAGGAUUCGGAUUUCGAACCCCUUGGUCAGCUGAUACGCCGCAUUGGCAAUUCACGUGAACCAUUCUUGGUGCCUCAAAUUGGUAUCCCACAUGGCCCAGCUCCUCCAGGAGGCCCAUUCAACCCAACGACUGGUGGUGGUGUUAUCCCACCACUGAGUGGAGUGUUCCCCAGUUUUGGUAGAACCCUCACUGCAGAGGAGCAGAAUAAUCUCGAACGAAGAAAGCAGGAGGAGCAGUACAUGAUGGCCCAGCAACGAGAGUAUAUGAUGCGUCAACAGACCAUGCCCAAGUUCCCAAUGCCAGGGCCCGGGCUCCAACAUCACUCCAGCGCCCAUAGUCUGCAAAGCCAGCCAAGCUUCGGCAGCAUGACAUCGCCCAUUGGUGUUCCUCCCCAGCAGCAGCAGCCCAUCGGAGCCGUCGCUCCGCAGCACGGCUCUUUUACCGAUACUCAAACCGGGGUCCAGGUCGCCGGUAGAGGUGGCCUGGGGAACGGGGACCCCUUCAGAGUAGACGAGUUGGUCGGCCUAUCUGUGGCCGAGCGUGAGGUUCUUGCAACUAUGCGUGGUCCUGGUGAGGAGGCAACGGACGAUCAGCAGCAGGGUGCAGACACGGGAUUUAGGAGGGGGCUCCCUGACACCGAGCAACUUCCCGAGGACCAGGAAGGCUUUCGUGGUAGGCUGAAGGAAUUCGAGGCGCUACGUGCAGAGCGUGACGCAGAGCGGUUGGCGGAUUUGGCAAGCGAGAACGAAACUGGUUUUGCUGUGGACGCUACCCGUGAUGCUUCUGCUGCUCAUCAGCAUUCUUCACGGAGCGUCAAAGGGAAGAAGAAGAUUUCCGAGGAUGAGGCCUUGUCGCUCACCCAACAGGUGCAGAAGGCACAGGCUGCUGCCGCAGCAAGUGCUCAGCCAGCAGAGCUUGGCAUGCCGAUGCCAUUCCCUCCUCCUUCAUCUGCUACGCCUCUCCCCGCACCGACAGCUCAGCGAGCACGAUCCAAUCUACCUGAGCAAUAUAGCCGAUCUCAAAACGGUACGCCGGAUGCAGCUCAACCUCCACCCCUGGCUCCCUGGGCCAAGGAGCCAGGUCAAGAGGGGACAAAAGGACCCAGCUUGAAGGAGAUUCAAGAGGCUGAGGCUCGCAAGGCCGCCAAGGCCGAAGAAGCAGCCGCCGCCCUCCGCAAAGCUGCAACGGAGCAGGAGACUGCCUUGGUGCGAGAAAAGGAAAAGCAGGCCGCCGCCGCCGCCGCCGCCGCGGGCCUUCCUGCCACAAGCACCUGGGGGCACGGCUCUCCGGUCUCUGCUUCUAGCCCGUGGAUCAAGCCGGGGACCAGCAAGGGAACGUCUUCCGGAGCCACGACGUCUAGCUCCGCCAGUAGUAAGAAGACAUUGGCCGAAAUUCAGCGUGAGGAGGAGUUCCGCAAACAGAAGGCAAGGGAUGUAAACAGCCACGCCGCAAUUCCAGCGAAUGCUUCCAAGAGCUAUGCCAACCUCGCGGGCAAGCCUAAUCCAUUACCCCCUCCAGGCAUGCCCCAGGCUGCAAGCCCAUCCGUUGCCGGUUGGGCAACCGUUGGCGCCGGCGGCAAGGUCAAGGUACCGACUGGACCAGCUGUUGCCCAAGUUUCACGGUCUUUGAGCGCAUCCAGCGUCAAGGCACAAGCUUCAACGCCCGGGAGACCUGCCAGCAAAACAGCUUCGACUGUUGGCAAUGUGGUCAACAAGGCUGAGCCCGCCAACGUAGCAAUGGAAGAGUUCAGCAAAUGGACCCUGAGAGAACUCUCCAGGGGGGGGCUCACGUGUGAUGAUGCCGUCUACGCCAGCUCUACCACAAUGGAUGGCAACCGCUUCGCCGCCGAGUAUGUGCGGCGUAAAAAGCUGGCCGAGAAAGGUGUCGUGGAGAAACAGUCGCCCGGAGAAGCUGCGAAAACCGCCGCCGCCGGAGGUGGAUGGAGCGAAGUUGCAAAGCGAAGUGGCGGCGCUCAGCCCAAGGAUGCCGACGCCGGAAUCCAAGGCGCCGGCUUUAAGGUAGUUCCAAGCCGAAAGAAGGGCAAGAAAUAG